GGUUUGAGGGAGCAGAGAGGGAUGCGUAUAAUGCAACCAUUUACGCUUGAUCGUGCUUGAAGUGGCCGUAGAAUCCUGUAUGUAUAUAAGGAGCCGGGUUCGGGGCAGAAGGCAUUCGAAAACCAAGGGACAAAGCUUUCAAGUCUCGAUCAAUCGCUCAAGAUGAACCGUUCCAUUGCAUUGUGUUUUUCUGCCCUCUUUGUGGCCUCUUUCGUCUCCGGUGUUGUGAUCAAAAGAGAGCCGUUCAAGAGGCUGAUUCCCGCAGAUAGGCUUAGAGACUUCCCCGGAAUGUGCUUCGCCUCCACACAAUGCAAAGUGUUCGCCGUUGAUGACAGUUGGUCCCUUGCUCCCUUCUGUGGCCGUGCUUCGUGCCGUAUCGUCGAGACCAAAGAUAAAGAAGGAGAAGAUAAGAAAUUCUUGGCCGAACAGGUGGAGGAUUGUGGUCCUCUGAUCGAUUUGGAAGCGACCACUGGCUGUGAAUUGUUGACCGUGGAGGAUCAAGCAGAGCUCGAAUUCCCGGACUGCUGCCCUCAAUAUGACUGCGCCGAAGGCACUGAGAUCAUCUACGUCAAUGCUACAACCCCCGCCACCCGUUAAUCAAAUGAUACAUUCUUUAUCUAUGUAAAUUGUUAAGACAUAUAUUGGCUCCACCUCGAGAAUAAGAAGAAACACAAUCUUUUUUCAACAAUCUGA